AUGCUGCCUCCCUCUUGCUGCUGCUACAAUGCAGAAGUGCUGUGGGGUUGCUGCGGAGAGCUGCUGCCUCCCGCCAGCAGCAGCAGCAGCAGCUGCAGCAGCAGCGACCGAUGGUCCCUGACUGGCCGCAGCAGCAACUUCCCCUUUUGCUGCUUCUCUCGCCGGCCCCUCAACCAGCUAAGACUGCAGCUUUUCUCUGUGCAGCAGCAGCAGCAGCAGCAGCAGCAGCAGCAGCAGCAGCAGGAAGCAGAAGACCUCGUGGCGGUGUGCUCGCCGACCGGCACGUUGUGGCUGUUGCGGCUGCUGCAGCAGGAUGAGCGGCAGCUGCUACAGCCGCAGCAGCAGCAACAGCAGCAGCAGCAGCAGCAGCAGCAACAGCAGCAGCAGCAACAGCAGCAGCAGGUGGCAGAGAUUGUGGGGUGUGCACACUUUGCUGCUGCAGCAGCGCCAGUGGAAGUUAAGGCGAGGCCUGACGGAGGGAUGCUGCUGGUGCGGGCUGUGGAGAGGCUUGUUGCUGUUCGCAUUUCUAGCAGCAGCAGCGCAGCAGCAGCAGCAGCUGCUGCUGCUGCUGCUGAUGGCGAAGAAGCUGGACAAGAGGCAGAAGCUGGGAAAGGCGAGGCUGCUGAGCCCAUAGAGGCAGCAGAUGCAGCAGCAGCAGCAGCAGCAGCAGCUGAGCCAAGUGCGAUGGCUGCAGAAGCAGCGCCGGAAGCAGCAGCAGCAGCUGCAGCAGCAGCGGCUGCAGCAGCAGCAGUAGAGGCACCGGCCAGUGAACAGAGGAAGAGGCUGAGAGAUGAUAGUUGGGAGCAGCAGCAGCAGCAAACAGAGCUCAGCUUGCAGCAGCAGCAGGACACGCAGCAGCAGCAGCAGAAAGAGCCGCAGAUGCAGCACCACUCGAGGCCUGCUGAUACCAAUGGCUGCAGCAGCAGCAGCAGCAGCAGCAGCAGCAGCAGCAGCGAUUUGCCUCCAGAGGACGGAGAGAAGAGUCCCAGCAGGAAGCGGAGGCUGGGGCCUGCAGACGUCUCCGGGCUUAUUGCAGCAGCAGCAGAUGCAGCAAGUGUUGCAGCAGCAGCAGCAGCAGAUGCAGCAGCAGCAGCAACGACGGCAGGCGAUACAGCAGCUUCUGGAGAAGCAGCAGCUGCUGCUGCAGGAGCAGCAGCAGAGGAUGUGACUGCAGGCCGGAUGACAGAGGCAGAAGCUGCAGCAGCAAAAGAAGCAGCUGAAGCUGCAGCAGCAAAAGAAGCAGCCCGGAGCGGCGCAGCGGCAGGAGCAGCAAGAGCAGCAGCAGCAGCAGCAGCAGCUGUAGGCGACGAAGCAGCGGCGGCAGAAAUGACCGCAGCGCCAGAAGCAGCAGCAGAGGGCGCAGAAGCAGGAGCCGCAGCAGCGACAGCAGCAGCAGCAGCAGCAGCAGCAGACAGCGCAGCCGCAGGAGCCUCAGCAGCGACAGCAGCAGCAGCAGCAGCAGCAGUGGCAGCAGCAGGACAAGCCGCCGCGGGGGCAGCCGGCGCCCAAGGAGGAUCAGCGGACGGCGCAGAACUCGCAGAUGAAGCCGCAGCAGCAGCAGCAGCAGCAGCAGCAGCAGGAGCAGCAGCAGCAGCAGGAGGAUCGGGAGAGGAGGAAGGUGUGGCAAGACCGCGUGCAGCGGGAGAAGUACACUUGCUGCUGCUUCAGCAGCAGCAGCAGCACGGAGCAGCCGUCCAUUGCUGCUGUUGCUGCCGCGGCAGCACCACUGGACUCUACAUGGUGGAUGUUGCUGCUGCGCAUGCAAUAGAAGCUGUGGUGUUGGCUUUGGAGACCAGCAAGCUGCAGCGGCUGCUGCAGCUGCAGUGGGCGCCUCGCAGCAGCUGCGGGCUGCCUGGGGGCGUGGCUGCUGCUGCUGCUGCGCGCUGCUGCAGCAGCAGCAGCAGCAGCAGCAGCACCCUCGUCGCCCUCGAACGCCGCCAGGGGCUGCUGCUGCUGCUGCAGCCCAAACGCCGCAGCAUUUGGAAUUUGCUGCUGCCAGACUUCGAAAGAAUUGAAAAAAACGUCGAAGUCGUGGAGGGCCCCGCGGAGUUCGACGCUGUACAGACACCCCAGCAGCAGCAGCACUCGCCCCUCUACGCCGCCCUGCGGCGCUUCAUCGCCAGCACUGACCCCACCAGCGGGCUUCCCUGCUGCAGCCCGGCCUUUUUGCUGCCGCCGGUGCAGGGGCCCCCGCUGGCAGCAGCAGCAGCAGCAGCAGCAGCAGCGCGGCCGCUGCUGUGGAGUUGCUUCGAGCCGCUGUCUGCUGUUGCUGCUGCUUACGCUGCAGCAGCAACACUCACAGACGAAGACGGAGAGACGCAGCUGCAGGACCUUGCUGCUGCAUUUGCCCGGACGCUGGAGGGGACAGCAGCAACAGCAGCAGCAACAGCAGCAGCAGCAGCAGCAGCAGCAGCAGCAGCAAUGGCAGCAGCGAAGGCUGCGCAGGCUUCUUUCUACCCUUCUGUUUCGUUCUGGGUGCAGCACCCGAUUUGGGGGGACCUAAUGCGGCUGCACCGACUGUGCGCAGACCCAGCAGCAGCAGCAGCAGCAGCAGCAGCAGCAGAACGGCUGCAGCAGCAGCUGCCGCGAAUAAGUGCAUUUUCAGCCCGCAGCGAGUGGCUGCCAGGGCCCGCUGGGGGCCCCCCGGGGCCCCCGCAAGUAGACAUGGCCGUGGACGGCGGCAGCAGCAGUGCUGCUGCUGCUGCUGCUGCUGCUGCUGCUGCAGCAGCAGCAGCGCCGCCCGAGGGGGGCCCCCAGAAGUCUUUAAAGCAGCAAUUUCAAGAAAUAAUCUGCAGCAGCCGAGCUCGGUAUGCGGCACGAAUGGCGGGAAGGACGCUGCAGCCCCCGCUGCAGCAGCAGCAGGAUUUGCUGCUGCACUGCAGCAGCGUCCACGAAGGCAGCAGCAGCAGCAGCAGCAGCAGCGGCAGCAGCUCGUUGCAGCAGCAACAGUGA